AUGACGUUGGCGGCGCGUUUGGUUUUAUUGGCUCUGUGCGCGUGCGCACUCGCUCAGUACCCCGAGGACCGCGCACCGCGCUACAUCGCUUCGGAGCCGAAGGUCGCCCCAACGCCGGUGCCUAUACUCAAACAGAUCAACAAGCACAACGAAGACGGUUCGUACACGUACGGAUACGAAGGCGCCGAUGGAUCGUUUAAAAUUGAAACCAAGUCGCAAUCCGGCGAUGUCAAGGGAAAAUAUGGAUACAAGGAUGACACUGGCAAGCUGCGCGUCAUCGAGUAUGGCGCAGACAAGUACGGUUUCCAGCCGGCUGGUGAGGGUAUCACAGUAGCGCCCCCAACCCUUGUAGAUGAAUCCACGCGAGAGGAAGGGCUCCGUCCGAGCAAAUCUCAGCAGGGUGGCAGAUCGCAGUACAGAGGCGAGACGCAGGCUCACCCCAGCCGCAGCCCCAACAGCAGUACAGGCCCCCACCGCAGCCCCAGCAGCAGUACAGGCCCCCAGCAGCAGUACAGGCCCCCACCGCAGCCCCAGCAGCAGUACAGGCCCCCACCGCAGCCCCAGCAACAGUACAGGCCGCCGCAGUCGGCCCCUACGCCACCUAAGCCCCAGUUCUUCGCCGGUGCCGCGCCCGCCCCGCCCGCCCAGGAGAACGGCUUCUUCAACCCGGAGCCCCAGCAGCGGCAGCAGUACAAGCCCAAGCAGGAGUUCAGGCCCGCGCCCCAGCCCCAGCAGUUCGCGGCCAGGCCUCAGGAGUUCAACGCUCAGUUCGACCAGGCGCCAGCCAGGUUCCCACCGGCCGGAGAGCAGCAAGGCAGACAGUCCUUCUCCAUGCUCGACCAGCUCCUGAAGGAGUACUCCCUGCCACAAGGUGGCUCAGCACCAACCCAUGAUAUAACCUUCGGUUCCUAC